CCUUCCCAUGCUACUUCGAGACCUUACUAAUGAACCAUAUAAUAUAACAUAAUAUAUAUGAAUGUGAGCCAACCAAAACUGUAUAUAUAGCUCCAACAUUCACCAUCCUAACUCAUCAAUACAAGACAAUCCUUGUCUAUCAAAGUCACUACGUACUCAUCCAUGGCUUCUCUUUCCUCAUCAAACUCAGCUUAUUUGCUGUUGUUCGUUGUUAUUGGCUCUUCGAUAUUGGCUGCCUCUGCUGGUGAUCUCAAAAAAGAUUUGGAGAUUACAUGGGGUGAUGGCCGAGCUAAGAUGCUCAACAAUGGCGAGCUUCUCACUCUUUCUCUUGACAAAGCUUCUGGCUCUGGUUUUGAGUCGAGGAAUACGUUCAUGUAUGGCCAGAUCGAUAUGCAGCUCAAGCUUGUGGCUGGAAACUCUGCAGGAACUGUCACUGCUUACUAUUUGUCCUCAAAAGGGUCAGAUUGGGAUGAGAUUGACUUUGAGUUCUUGGGAAAUCUGAGUGGCGAUCCUUACAUUCUUCACACCAAUGUGUUCAGCCAAGGCAAAGGCAACAGAGAGCAACAGUUCCACUUAUGGUUUGACCCAACUGCUGAUUUCCACACCUACUCCAUUCUUUGGAAUCCUAAGAACAUUAUCUUCUCUGUGGAUGGAACUCCAAUUAGAAAGUUCAAGAACUUGGAAUCAAACGGUAUCCCAUAUCUGAAGGACAAGCCAAUGAGAAUUCACUCUAGCCUUUGGAACGGUGACGAUUGGGCCACAAGGGGUGGCUUGGUCAAGACAGAUUGGAGCAAAGCUCCUUUCACAGCAUCCUACAGGAACUUCAAGGCCAAUGCUUGUGUUAUAGCUUCUUCUGGUUCAUCUUCAUGUGCUUCCAAGUCUCAACCCUCCAAUUCAUGGUUCAACCAAGAGUUGGAUUCAAACGGUGAAAAGAGGAUGAAAAGUGUACAAAAGAAAUUCAUGAUCUACAACUAUUGCACUGAUGCUAAGAGAUUCCCUAAAGGAUUCCCUAAAGAGUGCAACAUGUCCUGA